GGUCCGGGGCGGGUCUGCGGGGCGCCGGCGGCCCGUGGGCAGCUGGGGGCGGGCCGGGGGCGGGUCUGCGGGGAGCCCAGGCCCGGGAGGGCCGAGCGUCAAAGGCAAGUGAAGGUGGCAGCGGCGGCGGCGGCAGCAGGCCAGGCCCGGCCCCAUACCCACCCACAGGCGGCAGCGCGCACAUCCAGCCCAUAUUGAUUGUAGCUGAAGUUCUGAGAAAAAACUAUUCACUGGACUCAGGGAUCCAGGUUGCCAAGGACUCCAGAGGCAGGAGAAGUGAGAACCCUGACCCCUAACCUGCUGCAUUGAGCCAAUAGGAGCCCAGUAGGCCACCAUGGCGGAGCUACAGGAGGUGCAGAUCACCGAGGAGAAGCCGCUGUUGCCAGGGCAGACAGUCGAGGUGGCCAAGGAGGCUGAGUUAGCUGCCCGAAUCCUCUUGGACCAGGGACAGACACAUUCUGUGGAGACACCUUAUGGCUCUGUCACAUUUACUGUUUUUGGAACCCCCAAACCGAAACGCCCAGCAAUAGUCACCUACCAUGAUGUAGGACUCAACUAUAAAUCUUGCUUCCAGCCGCUGUUUCGAUUUGGGGAUAUGCAGGAAAUCAUUCAGAACUUCGUGCGGGUUCAUGUGGAUGCUCCUGGAAUGGAAGAUGGGGCUCCUGUGUUCCCUUUGGGGUACCAGUACCCAUCUCUGGACCAGCUUGCUGACAUGAUCCCUUGCAUCCUUCAAUACUUAAAUUUCUCCACAAUCAUUGGAGUUGGUGUUGGAGCUGGUGCUUACAUCCUGUCACGAUACGCUCUUAACCACCCAGAUACUGUUGAGGGCCUCGUCCUCAUCAACAUUGACCCCAAUGCCAAGGGUUGGAUGGAUUGGGCAGCCCACAAGCUAACAGGUCUCACCUCCUCCAUCCCGGAGAUGAUCCUUGGACAUCUUUUCAGUCAGGAAGAGCUGUCUGGAAACUCUGAAUUGAUACAAAAAUAUAGAAAUACCAUCACACAGGCUCCCAACCUGGAGAACAUUGAACUGUAUUGGAACAGCUAUAACAACCGCCGAGACCUGAAUUUAGAGCGCGGAGGUGAUACCACUUUCAAGUGCCCUGUGAUGCUGGUGGUAGGAGACCAAGCACCCCACGAAGAUGCAGUGGUGGAAUGUAACUCAAAACUGGACCCUACGCAGACUUCUUUCCUUAAGAUGGCCGACUCUGGAGGUCAACCCCAGCUGACUCAGCCAGGCAAGCUGACUGAAGCCUUCAAGUAUUUCCUGCAGGGCAUGGGCUACAUGGCAUCAUCCUGCAUGACUCGCCUGUCCAGAUCACGCACAGCCUCUCUGACCAGUGCGGCAUCAUUUGAUGGCAACCGGUCCCGCUCUCGCACUCUGUCCCAGAGUAGCGAGUCUGGGACGAUGCCUUCAGGGCCCCCAGGGCACACCAUGGAGGUCUCCUGUUGAAAGGCCCUUGUUGCCCUAGUGUGGGACCUGGCCCUCGCCUCCCCCAGCGCUAACCUGGGAGGUGCAUAGGGCAUCGGGCCAGAGUGAGCAAGGGAAGACAGGCAGAUCAUGUGGGAGAUGAUCUUGAUCUUUGAUUGCUACCCUAACCUUGACCUUUAACCUGUGAUUCCCCUCAGCUCCUGGGAGAGAUGGCCUAACAUCUCUUAGGGACCCAGACCCCUACAUUUCCCUAGCCCUCAUUUUGGUGUUAAGGUGGAGAGGGCAUAUAGACCUUCUCCCUGAUCUCGGUGUCCAUAGAGGAGGAGAGAGAGUUGUCUAUGGCAUCUCUACCAGAUUCUUCCCUCUUUAUUUCAGAUUCCAGAGGUAGGGAGAUUUGGGGUGGGAGCUGCAUUCACCCAAUCUGAGAUGGUAUCUCCUACACCCAUCAGAGCUUUUGGAAAGGUGUGGGUCAAAUGAAUGUGUGUGAGGGGAGACUUGCUGGUAGGUCAGUGGUCCUCAUGAUGGGACGGAAUCCUCCCGUGUGUGAAAUGAAGUCAGAAUGGGAGGAGAUGGGCUAUGAACACACAAAAAGAAAGGAUUGGAACUGGGACAGUAGGAAGGGGCCUGGGGCCAAUGGCUGCACUAACCUUGGUAGCUGUCUAGACAGUGUGUGUCCAGAGUGGGGGGGGGGGGAGGGAGCC